GUCAUGAUUCAAGCAAAGCAGGCCUUCACCUACUACGAGCCAGAGAAGAAGGUUGUCUCACGCUCGGGCGAUGAGUGUGUGGUUGCGGCAAUUGACCAGUGGUAUUUGAAGUAUGGGGAGGAGACUUGGCGCGGGCAGAUUGAGGGCCAUCUUCGUAGCUCCAACUUCGUGAGCUACAAUGACCGCAUCAAGGAGUCAUUCGAAGAUGCCAUUGGCUGGUUGAAGGAGUGGGCAUGCAGCCGUUCCUUUGGCUUGGGCACACAGGUUCCCUGGGAUGAGCAGUUCGUCAUUGAGUCCCUGUCGGACUCUACCAUCUACAUGGCUUACUACACAGUUGCCCAUUUGCUGCAUGGAGAGGAGAACCUGGACGGCAAGAAAGGCAGCCCAGAAAAGAUCAAGGCAGAGGACUUGACGGACGAAGUAUGGGACUUUGUGUUCUUGAACGGGCCCUUGCCCAAGAAGAGCAAGAUUCCACAGAAGCUUCUGGAGAAAAUGCAGAAGGAGUUCAGGUUUUGGUAUCCUAUGGACCUGCGUGUCUCUGGCAAAGACUUGAUUCAAAACCAUUUGACAAUGGCUCUUUACAACCAUGCCUGUGUUUGGGAGAAGGAGCCAGACCUUUGGCCCAAAAGCUUCUUUUGCAACGGCUGGCUGCUGGUGAACAAUGAAAAGAUGUCAAAGUCGAAAGGAAACUUCUUCACCGUUGAUGAGAUUAUCAAACUGUACUCCGCGGACACAGUUCGGCUGGCUAUGGCAAAUUCUGGAGAUACUCUGGAGCCUGCCAACUUUGACCAAUCGGUUUGCAACAAAGCGGUGCUGACAUUGGCAGUUUUUCUGGACCUCAUGAAAUCGCUGGUCAGCGGCAACGAACUGCUUGACACAGGAGCAGAGAACGCCCGGUUUGUCGAUGUGUGGUUUGCAAACGAGAUCAAUCGCUUGGUGCAAGAGGGUAAGAAGUUCUACGAAACCAUGUACUAUCGAGAAGCUCUCCGCACGUGCUACUUCGAGUUCACCUCCAUGUUUGACCAGUAUCGAGACAUCUGCAAGGCUGCAGGCAUGGCGCCAAACAAAGCUUUGACCAUGAGGUACUUGGAGUGGCAGAUGAUCGUCCUCUCGCCCAUUUGCCCUCACUUCUGCGAACAUGGUUGGUCGACUGUCUUGGGCAAGUCGGGCUCUGUCCUGGAUGCGAGGUUCCCUGAGCCCACGAAGCCUGUGGAAACCUCUCUCACCAAGCAAGGGGACUACAUGUUCAACAAGGUUCCUCAUGACUUCAUCAAGCUGUUGGAGAAAGCCUCCAAGGGAGGAACCAUGAAAUCCGCUGUGGUUUAUGUCGCGAAGGAGUACCCUGAGUGGAAGAAGACAGUGCUGGCAAAGUUGUCGAAUCACCAUGCUGCCAACAAGCUGCCCUUGGUUGCCCAGGAAGACAUGAAAGCCAACCCAGAAGCUGCCCAACAGUGGAAGGAUAUCAUGACGGAGCUCAUGCAGGACGCCUCUUUGAAGCCAUUUGGCAAGCAUUUGGGGCCCUUCGCUGCAUUCAAGCGGGACGAGGCAGCUUCCUUUGGCAAGAGUGCGCUCGAUGCAUCGCUACCAUUUGAUGAGCUUGCUUUGGUCUCCGAGAACGUUGCGUACCUCCGACAGAAGCUACAGGCCGAAGUGGAGGUGCGACCAGCUGACUCUUUGGCCAGCCCUGACCAUAAGGACGCGGCAGCAAAUGCACAGCCUGGCAAGCCAGGCAUCCACUUCAUAGUUGAGGGAGGAGGCAAAGGCGGUGGCAGCAAAGCAAAGGCCGAAGCCAAGCCUGGAAAGACAAAUGGAAACGCGCCUCCCGCUGCUCAGGCCUCCACGAUCGCUGACAUCAAUAAGCUCAACGAUCACCUGAGUACGAGGAGUUAUGUUGAUGGUGGCUACCAGCCCUCGCAGGCAGAUGCUGCUCAGCUGGCUGCAGUCCCGAACAGUGUCUCCUCGGAGAAGUUUCCACACGUGGCGCGGUGGUACAAGCAUAUCAGCUCAUUCACGCCAGCUCAAAGAGCCAGAUGGUAGAAGGCGAACUAGUGACAUCCAUGCCAUGGAUAAGUAGAAGGCACAUGAGCAUGGUCAGCCUAGAAGCUGGUUUUUGAGGUCUUGAAGCCACCUGGCUCUGCUCCAAAAGCUACAUGAAGAAGUGUUCUAGACUUGAACAGCAGGUCUCACAAGUCUUGGCGAUCGAAGAGCUGGGAUCGCAGUUUUACGAUCAGCAUCCACGUGCAAAAAGUGACAGGCUUCUACGUGUGUAUCACUGUAUCACAUUGUAAUGUAUGCCUGCAGUGACCAAGUCUCCUUGCAACUUUUUGUGCUGAGGGCCAGCUAAGA